AUGGCGACCACGACGGAAGAACAGACGCCCCUCGCCCAGCUAGCGGCCCGCCUGCCCCAGAUGGUGGCCCAGGCCGGCCACUCGGAGAUGUGGGGCGUCGAGCUCGCGUCGGCUGCCGUUGCAUCGUCGCCGGACCAGCAGCAGCAGGACAAGACCAUCGACGACGCGCCCACGCAGGUGGUGCUGCACAAGUUCCUGCGCGCAAACAACGACGACGUGGACGCCGCCGAGAAGCAGCUCACGGCCGCCCUCGAGUGGCGCAAGGCUGUCGACCCGGCCUCGCUCGUCGCCCAGCCGUUUGAUGCCCGCAGGUUUGGCGGCCUCGGCUUCGUCACCACGCACCAGGACGAGGCUGGCAAGGAAGUGGUUGUGACGUGGAACGUCUACGGCUCCGUCAAGGACAACAAGGCCACCUUUGGCAAUGUCCAAGACUUCAUCAAGUGGCGCGCCGCCCUCAUGGAGCUCGGCGUGCAGAAGCUGCGCCUCAACGACAUCAAGGAACCCAUCCCCGCCGGCGCCGAGGAUCCCCACCGCAUGAUCCAGGUGCACGACUACCAGUCCGUCAGUUUCUUCCGCAUGGACCCAGACGUCAAGGCCGCCAGCCGCGAGACCAUCCAAACCUUGUCCAUGGCCUACCCGGAGCUGCUCGCCCACAAGUACUUUGUCAAUGUGCCCGCCAUCAUGGGCUGGGUCUUUGGCGCCAUGAAGUUCUUCCUCGCACCCGCCACCCUCCGCAAGUUUCACCCCAUGGCCUCGGGCACCAGCCUGGCCGCCGAGCUCAAGGGUAUUGCCCAGACUCUGCCCAGCGAGUACGGUGGGCAGGGACCCAGCGUCAAGGAAGGCCUCACCACGGCUCCGCUUGCCGCCGUCCCCGAGCCCAAGGAUCAAGAGAAGCCGGCGACGGAGGAGCAGCUGGCAAAGACGACCCCGACGACUGCCGCGGUCGCGAGCAAGGCGGAAAAGGACUCCAAGCCCGCCGAGGAGACCAAGGCUGGCGUUGAAGCCGCCGCGCCUCCUGCGAUGCCUCCCGCGAUGCCUCCCGUCAAGGAGGCGACGCAGUGA